AUGAAGUUCACCAUUCUUUCCACCACACUGACUUUUGCCUUGGCUUCCGCGAAUCCUCACUUCCGACGAGGAAAUACAUCAGAAUGGGAGCCCGCUGGAGCAGAUGAUCUUCGAGGCCCUUGUCCCAUGAUGAACACACUGGCAAACCAUGGAUUUCUCCCUCAUGACGGUAGAAAUAUAACGAAGGAAAUCGCCGUUUACGCAUUGAACACUGCACUCAAUUUUAACACUUCGCUUGCCAGCAUUAUGUGGGAACAGGCUGUUAUUGCCAACCCGGAGUCCAAUGCCACAUUUUUCACACUUGACCAUCUCAACCGUCACAACGUCCUGGAACAUGACGCUAGUAUGAGUCGCACAGAUGCGUUCUUCGGAAACAACCACGUCUUCAACCAAACCAUAUUCAAAACGACGACGAGCCACUGGACCGGAGACGUCCUCGAUGCGAACAUGUUGGCCAACGGCAAGUUGUUCCGGCAGGUUGAGUCUAGAUCAUUUAACCCCAACUAUACGUUCACGGCGACGACGGAACAAUUCAGUAUCGGCGAGAUGGCUGCUCCGAUCAUUGUGUUUGGUGAUAUAGAAGCUGGCACCGUCGACCGAGACUUGGUGCUGUACUUCUUUGAGAAUGAGCGUCUUCCAACCGAGCUGGGAUGGACUAAGAAGGUGGAUACGAUAGAUUUGGAGGAUGCCGCGAAAGCGUCGGAGUUGAUUGCCAACGCCACUAAUCUCAUCACAUCUGCCAAUGCUGUAGCCCACACAUCUAGGCGCCGCGAUUUGCACGCCGGCUUUACAGCUUAA